AUGAUUGAAAUCGACGGUCGAGCAGGCCCCGCCGAAAGAACGCCCCGUUGGGAAGACGGAGACAAAUUUUCGAUAGCGCCUGCCCGCGUUAAAACAGCUGCGAAUCCGUGCGUAGACGGGGCUCCUGCGAACUCGACGCCGCGGUACGGGCGCAGAACUCGAUCCAGUCAAUCCGACAAGCGUGUCGGUGGAUCGGUCCGACAACCCGUUGUCCGAAUUCGUUUGACGUUUGCUUUCGCCGGAGGGCCGGUUCCCGGGCCCGCGGUGCCGUGUUCGCGCCGGCGGCGGUUUCCGCGCCGAACCGCGCGUCCGUCUCGAUUCGCUCGUGCGGCCACGACCGCGGCGCGGCGAAAACCGGAGGAAAACAGGACGUGGCAAGGGCGAGGGCGAGACCCGGAGAGCGGAUCACCGACGUGGUGUUCCCGUUAUCGCCGGGCCGCCGCGGUCAAAACGAAUAAUCGUGUUUGCGUCGUCGGCACGUAA